AUGCCUUCAAAACUACAGCUUGAUGUGAACCUAUGGUUCCUGUACAUCUGUCUACAAAAGUCCGAUUACAAGACUAUCGACUUCAGUGCCGUCGGCCAAGCAGCAAAUAUAAACCCGCCUGCGGCGCGAAUGCGAUUCACCCGCUUGAAAAAAGCAAUAGAAAGCGGCGCGUUAAACAGUUCCACAGGAACAUCCCUCGUGGUGGAAGGUGCCGGCAGCAUGCCACUGUCUAUCGGCAAUAGGAAAGGGAAAGCCCAACCAAAUGCAGCCAAACGCGCCAAGGCUACUACGAAAUCGAAAGCAGACAGUAAGGCAAAGAGUGAUGCUCCCAAGCCCGGAGCAGGAUCCUCGCGUCCUGGAGCCAUGGACCCGGUGGUUAAGAUGGAGACUGACGAUGUCAGAGAUUACGGUAUAAGGGAUAAAAACAGCGUGAACAUUGCCUCGAAUGAGGACGACGAUGAAGAUGAUAUCCCCCUUGCAGUAAAGCGAAGGGCGGAAUUAGCUAGGAAGCGAUAUGGGGCUGUAGAUGGCGCGGCUCACGAGAAGAAACGCAGAAAGAUCGACUUCGAAAACCAGAACUUAGUUUCAACCGUCCCCAUUGGAUUUCCCUCAUCCGAAGGGCGGACUUGUUUAAACAGCAUGACUGGUGGCGAGCUGGGAUCCUCGGGGAUUGCGCAAGCAAGUUGCUUCACUGGGGCCGAUUGGGUUGGCUAUAUCCCCCAACUGCAGGAAGGAGUACAGCAAUCGAGCUUUGCAAAUAUGCAGCCCCGAUUGACGACAAGCUCGCCGCUACGGGCAUGGAGAGAAGGCGUUCGGUUGUCAAAUCCAUACCAACAAUACCCGGCUAGCCCUGAAGGAAACGGCAGCCCGACCCAGCUUCUUCCAAACAUGGACUCUUUUGAAGUGGCUGCAUCCUCACAAAUUACUUGCCCAAGCACCAGUACUAUGUCCCAGGCCAGGGACUCCCACAUCGACACAAUCUCGCUCUCGUCAACAUCAUCCUUAACAUCGCCUGUGAUAGAACCAGCCGCCUCUCAGGUUGCAUCGUUGCAACAAAUGGAUACCCUCUGUAACCGAUACCCAGGAUUCCAAGAAACCACGGACAAGAAAUGGAGCUGGAGACAAUAUCGACUCCCACAUAUAGUUGUCACUGAUAUGGACCCUCACUCACCUCGCAAUUGGCUAAACCCCGGCAGCCUCGUGGCGAUCGGAAAGGCAGAAAAGGCAGUGAACAAUGCAUUGUUUGGGCCGGGCUCUCCUGCAUUUGGACGAAAGCUCCCUUUAUCCCGCAUGCAGGAAGCAGAAGCUGAGGGGAAGGGGAAAGAUCCCAAGCAAUAA